GUGCUUCUUAGUAAAUGCUGUCAGUGGAAAUUUUCAAGUACUAUAAUUUUAAGAAAUCUGUUUUAAUUGGAAGGCCCUACAGAAUGGGAUGUCUGUGCUUGAGGAAGUUCGCCUCGUAUCCCUCAGUUCCACAGGACAUUAUGAACAACCUCAAGAUGAAUACAGCACUAAGUCGUAGUCAGAUCAAGUAUCUGUAUAUUCGAUUCUACCAGUUUUCAGGAGGAGGCAAAGAUCCCCCAAGUCAUCUGCACAAGUACAAUUUCUAUUCAGGAUUACUGCAACUAAACCCCUUACUGCCCACCAUAUUGAACUCCAUGUUUGGGGAUAAAGUGACAAUAACCUUUGUGGAUUUCGCUCUGUUUCUGAGCACCUUUCAGGCCCAUUCUCUUAAAACCUCCAAUGAGCUAAAAAAUGUGAUGAUGGACAGGAAGUUAAGGUUAAUUUUCAACAUGUACGAUAACAACAAGGACGGUCGUAUUACAAAGUAUGACUUAGUUGUAGUUGUCCACAAGCUGUUUUCAAAUCUAUUGGAUCACGUGCAGAUCAUGCGCAUUGUGGAUACCAUGAUGAAGGAAAUGGAUCAUACGGACUCGAACCAAAUAAUGUUCCAAGACUUCUGCAAAGCAUUUGCAGUCUUCGACAUGACCGAAAUGAUGGUCACCUGGAUACCCGAAUACCAUGGUCGAACCACAGAUGAUUUGCAAUAAGUAAUUCGUUUAUUUAUUCAACUGCACACAAAUUUGAAAAUUAAAUGUACACAUGAUUUAGCCGCUGAGAGCAGAUAAAACCUGCGUUAAAAGUUUAAGAACAUUAAUCAGGGCGGGACUCAACAAUGUUAACAAACUAAGGUCCCCUGAUGAAAGACUUGAAAGUGCGCUCGAUAAACUGGACAAAAGGGAGUUGUUUACACAUGUGGUCCCAGUAGUCCCAGUUAUAGAAUCAAGGAGUCCAGCAGCUUUAGAUGUACGUAUUACUUGCAUAAUCAAGAUCUUUAAAAAAAAACAAUGUAUAUAUAUGUUAAAAGUUAUGAAACAAAACUCACAGUUAAAGCAAAUAUAUAUGUGAUACGAGCUCGCUGGAAAGUCACCAUGAUUUUUUAAGUUAUUUUAGAGCGAAAUAGCUGUGCAACUAUCAAACAAAACUAAAAACCGUGUGUAUAUAUAGACCAACUUCUCAAAUUUGACCGAACACGAUACCUUUGCCAAGAUACUGCAUAUCGAAACAAUAUAGUUCGUGAGUUAGGUUUUAAUCACAUCGAUUCCCGGCCACCGAAUGCCAAACUUUAUGACUCUAUUAGGGCGAAAUUCGUAUAUGCGGCGUGGAAAUGAGCUGAUUGUCCAUAUGUGCGGAUAUGCCUCUAUAUAGUCAUACUCCCUUUGAGCCGAUCUUUCGGGCGCGUUGAAGGAAUCUCGUGGAACUGCCUGUUGUAUUUUCGCUUAGCAACAUAAAUAACAUUUUAUUGGCAAUUUGGUUGCGAAAUUAAUGUGCAUACAGUUGGCAACUUUGGUAAUUUAUGCAAAUAAAACGAUCGUAAAUUUGGCAUUAAAACGCUUAUUAAAUGAUCGUUUAUUAACCCACUAUUCUGUUCUGUUCGUUUUGGUUCGCUUAAUUUGCCGAAAUGGAUAAGCCCCUCGCUGUUGCAACAAGGUUGCGAUUUGUAGCACUUGCAUAAAUUAAGUGAUUAACAGAAUUGUUCUCAAAUGUUGGCAGCUACUUACAAGAUUGAUAUUAUUUACGAUCGGACCCCAACGAAAUUUCCGUGUGUCUAUAACUUCUGGGAAAUCGCAGCUACAGCGGCUUAACAAUAUCUCCUGUGCCCCCAUAUUGUUUAAUGUAUUAGCUGGCGCAUUGUGUGUUAAUUUGACAUUCCUUGGGAAUGGGAUGCGCAUCAGGAUCAGGCCUGCGGUUUGGGAAUGGGAUGGGGAAUGGGAAUGGGGAUGUUCAGGUCCAACACUCUGAGGAACGACAAACGAGGCUUGUUGCUGUCAAAAGCAAGAAUUAUAACCAUAUAAAAUCAGUCGGCAUGGCCACUGAUUCUGUUGCUGCUGACCUGUCCCGGUCUUUAUCCCCACUCCUCCUGUCCUGCUGUCUUCAUGUCCUCCCAUCAUCAUCGUCAGCCCCAUCAUCAUCGUCUCGGACAGGAUUAGCAAAAUUAAUGCGGCAAGCUGGAUGCUGAGAAUCCCGAGCUGUCAGCGCUUCGAGUCUUCAC